AUGCCUGGGACAGACGAAGAUGAUAGGAAGAGUACAGAGCGAAGGAGAAGAAGUCGAAGCAGAGAGAGGCGCAGCAGGAGUCGGAGUCGUAGUAGAGAAAGAAGAAGGCGCAGCAGGAGCAAGAGUCGAGACCGUGACAGGAAGAAUAGACGUCAACCAAGUCGAUCACCACCACCACAAAGACGUCGACGCAAGCCUUACAAGUACUGGGAUGUUCCUCCAGUGGGCUUUGAGAACAUCACUCCUCAGCAGUACAAGAAAAUGCAAGGAUGUCCAGAUACUUCUACACCUGCUGUACCGUUGUCUCCGCCCAACAUGGCCAACAUGCCCAAUAUGCCCCCGAUGCCCGUCGCCCCUCAGCCCAUGAUGAUGCCUCAGCAGCCUGCAUCCGCUAUGCCCAUCGUGGCCAAUCAGAUGACUCGACAGGCACGCCGACUCUAUGUAGGGAACAUCCCCUUUGGGGUAACCGAGGAGCAAAUGGUGGACUUCUUCAAUGCAAAGAUGCUGGAGUUGGGAAUUGGUCAGACCCCUGGGAAGCCGGUCCUAGCUGUGCAGGUCAACCACGACAAGAACUUCGCUUUCCUUGAGUUCCGCUCCAUUGAUGAGACGACCCAAGCCAUGGCGUUUGACGGGAUCAUGUACCAGAACCAAUGCCUGAAGAUUCGACGACCCAAGGAUUAUCAACCAAUGCCGGGAGUACCUGAGACGCCCUCUAUGCAUGUUCCAGGUGUUGUCUCUACCGUGGUGCAGGACUCACCACACAAGAUCUUCAUUGGCGGUCUACCCAAUUAUUUGACUGAUGAUCAGGUGAAGGAGUUGCUGUCGUCCUUUGGGACUCUGAAGGCGUUCAACUUGGUGAAGGACAGUGCCACCUCUAUGUCCAAGGGUUAUGCCUUCUGCGAGUACGUCAAGACUGAAGUCACUGAUCAGGCUAUUGAGGGUCUGAAUGGCAUGCAGUUGGGAGAGAAGAAGUUGAUCGUCCAACGAGCUAGCGUGGGAGCCAAGAAUGCCACUGCUCAGAAUAUGGCUGCUCAGGCUGUGCAGCUGAACAUCCCUGGAUUGAACCUUCCUGGUACAGCCGGUCCACAGACUGAGAUCCUGUGUCUCAUGAAUAUGGUGACCCCAGAUGACCUCAAGGAUGAUGAUGAAUACGAAGACAUUCUUGAUGAUGUUCGUGACGAAUGUGGAAAGUACGGCGCAGUCCGCAGUAUCGAGAUACCGAGACCCAUUGAGGGCAUGGACAUUCCUGGAUGUGGAAAGAUUUUUGUGGAGUUCAGCAACACUAUGGAGUCUCAGGCUGCGCAGCAGGGAUUGUCAGGCAGGAAGUUUGCCAAUCGUGUCGUCGUCACGUCCUUCUUCGACCCCGGUGCAUAUCAUCGUCGGGAUUUCUAGAUUUGAAAAAAACGAAAAACAGAAUAACUUUAUAACAAAAAUACAACCUGACAGAAACCUGGAAUUUGCUCUCAUGGGAGGGGAGGGGGGUUGGACACCAAUAUACAGGCAUGAUAUUCUUCCUACUUUGGUCUGAUUUUUUAUUUUGUUUUGCCCUUGGAAAAAUCUGAAAAAUUGUGAUCAAAUAGGUUGAAAAGUACUCCAAAGCCUAUGCUAUGUGUACAUGUAGUUCAGCUCUUGUACUCAAUGAAAUGUUUAUACUUUUUACCAAGGACUAAAUAUUAUUAUAUUUGGGGGGGGGGAACAAUUGUUUCACGCUCGUACAAAAUAAACGUAAGUCAAGUAAAAACAAUGCUUAGGGUUUGCUAAAGUUAACUCUGUAAAGAUAAACCGUUUUCAAUAUUCAAUUUUUUUUUGUUCACGCUUCACCAUUUCUAUGCUUUCCCAAGUGCUGGGUUACCAUGGAAAAGAAGAUUUUUGUGUCUGUGUUUUUGGUUGUCAUCAUUUUGUUAUUAUCACGGUUUAUUAAAUACAUGUACAGUUCUGCCUUAACAUUAAAACACCCAUUCUACAUCUUGGAGUUUUCCCGAGUCCAUCGAAAUCCCAAGGACAAAUGUCCUUAACUUACAAGACUGGCGGUCCCGUUUCUAGCACGGUUAGGUUGUCUUGCAGUACACAAUCCCAUGAAACAAAAUACACUAAAAUUGGCUGUUGGAAUUUGGGUAGGUAG